GGACGGGUGCGCAGUCAGCUUUUCACAAGCAAGAGUGGAAAAAAUAGCCAAUGCGCGAGCAGACUAUUUUACGUUAGUUUUGAGUUUGCUACCAACGCGAGCGGUUCGAGCGAUAUACAAGUAGCACGUGUUGCUGGCAUUUUACGAUUGUUUGUAUCGAAUCAUUAUUCAUAAAACGGCGGCUAACGGUUUUCGGUCCAAUCAUUGAAGAAAUAAGCAAGGAUAAUGAUGGAAAACGGUGACUAUGCCGUGCAGUACGGCGAAGAAAGCUACAUGGAACAAGAAGAAGAGUGGGAACGCGAAGGUCUGCUAGAUCCUGCCUGGGAAAAACAACAGAAAAAGACCUUCACUGCAUGGUGUAACAGUCACCUUCGAAAGGCCGGUACAUCAAUCGAAAACAUUGAAGACGAUUUUCGCAAUGGACUCAAACUCAUGCUGCUGCUGGAAGUCAUUUCCGGCGAAACUCUACCAAAGCCAGACCGCGGUAAAAUGCGUUUCCACAAGAUUGCCAACGUGAACAAGGCAUUGGAUUUCAUCGCAUCCAAAGGAGUGAAACUGGUAUCGAUUGGAGCAGAGGAAAUCGUCGAUGGCAAUCUGAAAAUGACCUUGGGUAUGAUCUGGACGAUCAUUCUGCGGUUCGCUAUCCAGGACAUUUCAGUGGAGGAAAUGACGGCCAAGGAAGGUUUGCUGCUUUGGUGUCAGCGUAAAACUGCCCCUUACAAGAACGUUAAUGUUCAAAACUUCCAUCUCAGUUUCAAGGACGGUCUAGCAUUCUGUGCUCUGAUUCAUCGCCACAGACCAGAUUUGAUAGAUUAUUCCAAACUUUCGAAAGACAAUCCACUCGAGAAUCUGAACACUGCUUUCGACGUUGCCGAAAAGUUCCUGGAUAUUCCAAGAAUGUUGGACCCCGACGAUUUGAUCAACACUCCAAAGCCAGAUGAACGUGCCAUUAUGACUUAUGUGUCGUGUUAUUAUCAUGCUUUCCAAGGAGCUCAGCAGGUUGGAUAUAAUCUGCAGAAUACCGCAAUGCCAGAUGAACGGGCGGUCAUGACCUAUGUGUCAUCAUAUUACCAUUGCUUCAGCGGCGCACAAAAGGCGGAAACCGCUGCCAAUCGUAUCUGCAAAGUUUUGAAGGUGAACCAGGAGAACGAACGACUUAUGGAAGAAUACGAACGGUUGGCGAGUGAUCUAUUGGAAUGGAUUCGCCGCACAAUGCCGUGGUUGAAUUCAAGGCAAACCGACAGUACGCUGGCCGGCGUACAGAAAAAGCUUGAAGAAUACAGAACCUACAGACGCAAACAUAAGCCACCACGAGUAGAGCAGAAGGCCAAGUUGGAAACCAACUUCAACACUUUGCAAACUAAGCUUCGCUUAUCGAAUCGCCCUGCCUAUAUGCCAACCGAGGGCAAAAUGGUUUCCGAUAUCACAAACUCCUGGAAGGGUUUAGAGCACGCGGAAAAGGCCUUCGAAGAAUGGCUAUUGGCUGAAACUAUGCGCCUGGAGCGUCUGGAGCACUUGGCUCAGAAAUUCAAGCACAAAGCCGACACCCACGAAGAUUGGACAAAGGGCAAGGAAGAGAUGCUUCAGUCCCAGGACUAUCGUAAUUGCAAGCUUAAUGAACUGAAAGCUCUCAAGAAGAAGCAUGAAGCAUUUGAGUCCGAUUUGGCUGCCCAUCAAGAUCGGGUUGAGCAGAUUGCUGCCAUUGCUCAGGAGUUAAACACUUUGGAAUAUCAUGAUUGCGUUUCGGUUAAUGCACGUUGCCAGCGCAUUUGCGAUCAGUGGGAUCGCCUAGGAGCAUUGACACAGCAUCGCCGCCAAGGCUUGGAUGAGGCCGAACGAAUUCUGGAGAAGAUUGACUUGCUGCACUUGGAGUUCGCCAAGCGUGCUGCUCCAUUCAAUAAUUGGCUCGAUGGAGCCCGUGAAGAUCUUGUCGACAUGUUCAUCGUACAUACAAUGGAAGAAAUUCAGGGCUUGAUCCAAGCUCACGAUCAGUUCAAGGCAACUUUGGGAGAGGCAGAUAAGGAGUUCAAUGUAAUUGUUGGCUUAGUUCGUGAUGCCGAGGCCAUCGUUAAGCAGGAACAAGUUCCUGGCGGACUUGUAAACCCAUACACUACGCUAACCGCUGAUGCUAUUAGCAGGAAAUGGUCCGAAGUGCGUGCCUUGGUACCGCAGCGUGACCAAACCUUGGCGAACGAAUUGCGCAAACAGCAGAACAAUGAAAUGCUUCGCCGGCAGUUUGCUGAAAAGGCAAAUGCUGUUGGACCAUGGAUCGAGCGUCAAAUGGAUGCUGUCACUGCUAUAGGAAUGGGUAUUUCUGGAUCACUCGAGGAACAGUUGCAUCGUUUGAAGGAGUACGAACAAGCAGUAUACGCAUACAAACCCAGUAUUGAAGAGCUGGAAAAGAUUCACCAAGCCGUGCAGGAGUCUAUGAUCUUCGAAAAUCGUUACACACACUACACCAUGGAAACUUUGCGCGUUGGUUGGGAGCAACUGUUAACAUCUAUCAACAGAAAUAUCAAUGAAGUGGAGAAUCAAAUUCUCACUCGUGACUCCAAGGGUAUCACACAAGAACAGUUGACGGAAUUCCGUUCGAGCUUCAAUCAUUUCGAUAAGAACCGCACAGGUCGCCUGGCACCGGAGGAAUUCAAAUCGUGCCUAGUUUCUCUUGGAUAUUCGAUUGGAAAGGACAAACAAGGAGAUAUGGACUUCCAGCGCAUUCUCGCGGUGGUGGAUCCGAACAACUCUGGAUACGUACAGUUUGACGCGUUCCUUGACUUCAUGACUCGAGAAAGUACUGAUACCGAUACUGCUGAACAAGUUAUUGAUUCCUUCAGAAUUUUGGCUUCAGAUAAGCCUUAUAUCUUGCCGGAUGAACUACGCCGUGAGCUGCCACCAGAUCAAGCAGAGUAUUGUAUCCAGAGGAUGCCACCGUACAAAGGGCCCAACGCUGCUCCUGGGGCUCUUGAUUACAUGUCCUUCAGUACAGCACUGUAUGGAGAAAGUGACUUGUAAUUGCCAAAGCAAUCUUUUUAGAGAUUGUCAAAAAAUAUUGAGCACAUUCAGUAAAGCGAAACAGAAGCAACUCCGGUUAAAUGUUACAUGCCAUAUAUUGUGUUAGGAGAAUGACUAAACAACAUCCUUUACGUCAUAUCGUAAGCCAGCUCUUAUAAACCGGGCACUUGUUGUCUGGCGACGCGUUUAUUGAAUAAACAUCCAUCCAAUCGACGUGCGAAUCAGAAUGCCAUAAUUCGAUAAAAUUAUAAGAUUAACACAGAGGACAAUGCUACGAUGCGUGCGAGUCGAAUAAAAUUUGGAAAAUGUAAUACCACAAAUCAAUUAUUUAUUUUAUUAGCUAUCAACUAAAAUUAUUUUUUAAUAAAAAAUGUGUUUUCGAAUCGACAAAA